AUGAGAAUCAUAAAAACAAUAUUUUUGAUUAUUGCAAUAUUAUAUUGUGUUUGCUGCUAAAAUAAUAAUCUGUAUUUCCUAUCUCCUAACACAAGGGCAAGAUGUAUUGAUGGCACUUAACCUGGUUUCUAUUUUAAUAAAGGGUACGGAGAUGGAGCUGAUAAGUUUUUCAUUUUCUUAGAUGGUGGUGGUAGAUGCGAGCAUUAUACUCUUGAAGGAGUGCUUGAGGCAUGUUAUUAAAGAGCAAGUACAAUUCUUGGAUCAAGUAACUAAUGGCCCUUAAGCUUCAUAUUUGGACAGUAUUUCUUCUAUCCCUCUUAAAAUUCUGUUAUGUAUAAUUGGAAUUAAGUUUUUGUGAGGUAUUGCGAUGGACAUCUAUACUAGGGUAGCUCAGAGCCUAUAAACUACAAAAAUAUGACUAUGUACUUCAGAGGAUAUGACAACAUGGUGGAGUUGUUUAAUUCACUUUCAGAUAAUUUUGGUUUAAAGUAAUCAUCCACUGUUGUUUUAAGUGGUGGGAGUGCAGGAGGAGUAGCUACUUUAUAUUGGACAAAGUAUUUAAGAAAUUUCCUUAAUCCAAAAAUUAAAGUACUUGCAGCUCCUGAUAGUUCCUUUUAUCCAGAUAUUAAUCCAAUGGCAAGUUUAUAAGCUUAAGUUUGGGAUCUGAUUACGAACAAUAGAAGAUUCCUUAUUUAACCCUCUGGAUGUCCUUAUAUAAAUGAUGAUGCUAAUGCAUAUAAGUGUGGUUAUCUUUAAUAUAUAACUGAUUUGAUUCCAGUUCCAACUUUCAUAAUUUAAUCCAUUUAUGAUGAAUAUACUUUAAGAAAUAAACUUAAUGUAAACUGCAUAACUCCUACACAUGGUCUCCAAAACUGCACAAGCGAUGAAAUUGCAAGAGGAGUAGCAUUGCAAAACGAAACUCUGAAAUAAUUAAAUAUUAUAAAGGCUAAUAAACCAGAUUGGGGAUUCUGGGUGAUUUCUUGUAUACUUCAUUGCUUUUUCCCUAACAUGGCUUCAUACUCAACAGGUUAAUAUGCUGUUCCUUAAUUAUCUGGUAAUACAGUUUCAAAGUCUCUUAGUACUUUUAUUUAAGUUCAUACAAGCAACUCAACAGUAGAUAUUACUCAAAUACCUAAAUUAUUUGAUAAUGUCACUUAUCCUAAUAAUGUACCAUGUAACGGAUUAUAUUGA